AUGGGUCGCCCGAGGCAUAACCGCAACGAUGCAUCAUCGUGGGAGACUUUUAUAACCUGCUGCCUGAGCCAUCUUGCGCUUCUCCCUUCCAUCAGAUAUCUUCAAAAGCGAGGGAUGCACUAUGAGGUCUGCGUAUCUACAUUUGCUGCCGUCGUCUCUUUUUUAUACCACGCAACCGAGAGUCUUAGGAUGCCGUUCUUCCUCUCCACCAUGCGCUGGCAUCGUUUGGACAACAUCGGGGCCAUUGCUUCCAUAACCAUCGUCUGCCUGCAUUUGUGCUGCUUUGAGUCGGAGAAGCUGCUAGAGUACUUAAAGUAUGCCUUUCUUUUUCUGACAAUUGUGCUGCAGGAGGCCGAUCCCUGGAACGUCGUGUACACCGCCGGGCCCAUUUUGUUUGCGUCAUUGUUGGUGCUGACUUCACAUCUCUUGUACCCCGCGCGGCGACGUCGCAUCGCAGGUAGGAACCUCAACAUGAGCAUGGUCUCAUUUCUACUGGCAGUGAUAUGUUUUGUUUUUGGGCUGGAGGACAAAAAAGACACUUACCGCAUGUGGCAUGGCCUUUUCCAUGUUUUUGUGGGCGUGGGCAUAUACAAUGUCUUCCAGGCCCUUGGGCAUCAAGGUAAGAGUAACAGGAAAAUGAGUUGGCCGGCUCUCAGCUUUGAGGUGUGA